AAUCAAGAAUCAUGGGUUCUCUAACUAUUCCUGAACUUUUAGUAGUAGAUUUCACAAAGGAGGAGAUGAAACCAGGGUCAAUUUCUUGGUCAACGUCGUGCAAAGAAAUAAGAAGAGCCCUCGAAAACCACGGCUGUUUCGUAGCAUUAUACGAUAAAAUAUCAACCCAUCUUCACAAAUCCAUCUUCAAAGCAGCCGAUGAAUUAUUCGAUCUCCCGACAGAAGUUAAGAUUCAGAACAAAAAUGACAAGCCCUACCAUGGAUAUGUGGGUCAAAUGCCCAUUGUGCCCCUGCAUGAAGGCUUAGGCAUUGAUUAUUCAACCACACUUGAAGGAGCUCAAGGUUUCACUAAUCUCAUGUGGCCUAACGGCAACGAUUCCUUCUGUGAGACAUCGAGGACCUUCGCGAAGACGGUUGCAGAGCUAGAAAAACUGGUGAUCAAAAUGCUAUUCGAGAGCUACGGUCCGCAGCACUUCGAAUCGCAUAUAGAAUUAUUAACAUUGCUAAUUAUUUUUUAUUGUUUGGUAAUUAAUGAGGCAUGGAGUAACAACAAGGUGCUUUCUCCAAACCACAAAGUAACAUUGCACAAGAAUGGAAUUAAAGAGACAAGAUACACAAUUGCCCUAUUCUCUUUCCUCAGCAAGAUGGUUAAAGUGCCAGAGGAGUUUGUCGACGACGAUGAAAAUCCGUUGCAAUUCAAGCCGUUUGUUCACGUCGAUUUGUUGAAGUUUUACGACACGGAUCACGGCCGAAGAUCUCAGAACAUACUUAAAGAUUUCUGUGGUGUUUGAAUGAAUUUUAUGUUU